UAGUAUUCACGUACGAUACGUCAGAGGUUUUGGCAACCCGUAGGUGAACUAUUUUCUUCAUUGUUGACCUUUCCUAAAUCUUAGGUGUAAUUAUUUCAUCAUUAGAAGUGCUUUAGCUUUACCGUUUAUAUCAAGUGUAGAUAUUUUGACAAAGCCUCAACGAUGGACUCGGAAGACGAUACAAAGGAUGAUGUGGAUUCUGGGAACGAAUCGAGCGGAGACGAUGUCGACUUUGUAAUGGACGAGACCCACAGUACUAGGGAACGACAGGUGGAGCUGGAUGAAUACCCGUACGAGGUGCUAUCUACAGAGGAAAUCGUCCAACACAUGGUUGAUUGCAUCAAAGAAGUGAACACAGUCGUCGAGAUACCAGCUACAACCACCCGCAUACUGCUAAAUCACUUCAAAUGGGACAAAGAAAAGCUCAUGGAACGUUUUUACGACGGCGACCAGGAUCAAUUGUUCUCCGAGGCUAGAGUCAUAAAUCCAUUUAGAAAACCAGUUAUACAGAGGCCAAAGACCGUGUUGCAGCUGCCCAGACGGACGUCGACGUCAGGAACUGAAGAGUGUGAAAUAUGUUUCACAGUACUGCCAACUGCGAUGAUGACGGGUCUGGAAUGCGGGCAUAGAUUUUGUACACAAUGCUGGUGCGAAUACUUGACUACCAAAAUAAUGGAGGAAGGCUUAGGUCAAACUAUAGCGUGUGCGGCGCACGCAUGCGACAUAUUAGUCGACGACGCGACUGUAAUGCGACUGGUGCGCGACGCGCGCGUCAAGCUCAAGUAUCAGCACAUCAUUACCAACAGCUUUGUGGAGUGCAACCGACUGCUCCGCUGGUGCCCGUCGCCGGACUGCAGCAACGCGAUCAAGGUGGCGUACGUGGAGGCGGCGCCCGUCACGUGCCGCUGCGGGCACACCUUCUGCUUCAGCUGCGGCGAGAACUGGCACGACCCCGUGCGCUGCUCGCUGCUGCGCAAGUGGAUCAAGAAAUGCGACGACGACUCUGAAACAUCGAACUGGAUAGCGGCGAACACAAAGGAAUGCCCGAAGUGCAACGUGACCAUCGAAAAGGACGGCGGCUGCAACCACAUGGUCUGCAAGAACCAAAACUGCAAGGCGGACUUCUGCUGGGUCUGUCUCGGGCCCUGGGAGCCCCACGGUAGCAGCUGGUACAACUGUAACAGAUACGACGAGGACGAGGCGAAGGCGGCCCGCGACGCGCAGGAGCGGUCGCGCGCGGCACUGCAGCGAUACCUGUUCUACUGCAACCGCUACAUGAACCACAUGCAGUCGCUGCGCUUCGAGUCCAAGCUGUACGCCUCCGUCAAGGAGAAGAUGGAGGAGAUGCAGCAACACAACAUGAGCUGGAUCGAGGUACAAUUCCUGAAGAAGGCCGUCGACAUCCUCUGCCAGUGCCGGCAGACGCUCAUGUACACGUACGUGUUCGCGUACUACCUGCGCAAGAACAACCAGUCGGUGAUCUUCGAGGACAACCAGCGCGACCUGGAGUCCGCCACCGAGACGCUCUCCGAGUAUCUGGAGAGGGAGAUCACUAGCGAGAACCUGGCCGAUAUCAAGCAGAAGGUCCAGGAUAAAUAUAGAUACUGCGAGAGCCGGCGUCGCGUGCUGUUGCUGCAUGUGCACGAGGGCUACGAGCAGGACUGCUGGGACUACACAGAGUAAUCACCUCCCACCUCACUCCUCACACCUCACUCCUCACACCUGACAUUACUCAACUAACCACAUUACCACAUCUGUGCUCAAAACUCACACUAAGGUCAAGGUGAGGAAGAUCGUUUACAACAGCGGGCGACAACAUUUUAGCAGCCAAGGGCCAAAUAGUAGUUAACGAAGUUGACGCGGACCGCACUUUGUUAAUAUUCAUGACAUUAUUAGACAUUGUCGUUUGUCAAUAUUACAUACAAAAUAGCCAGGGAGGCUCGCGGGCCGCCUGUUGUCGACCGCUGGUUUAUAAGACCGUCUAAAAGCUCUUUAGUCGCUUCUAACUUUUGUCUGUACAGUCGGUCAGUAGAGCAGAAUGAGCCAAGCUCUUCCUUUCCGUGUCUGUGAGACUUGGGAUUAUGCAAAUACAAGAGUUCUUGCCCUCUGUGACGGUCUACACUAAACAAUAUGGCGGUCUUCCUCAUAUCGACCUCCUAGUUAUCUCUGGCCGCUUGUAACGUCCUCAAACGUGAAAGCGCGGCGCGUGAGUACUAACGUUCUUAGCACAGACGUUUGAACCUGAUACUUGGUCAAAUGUAUGUACCCAUACAGACUGCACGAUUGUCCCCGUUCGAUAAUCACUCGUCAUUUACGAUUUCCGGUUAUUUUGAUUAUUGCACUUGAUUGUGAAUUUUUUUUUUAAGUCGCGUACCCAAACCAUUAUGACAAUUCAUUUACUCUUAUUAUGUCGUUCGCCAAUCAUGUUUAAUUUUCUAUACAUCUCAUGAUUUACGGAAGAACGCGUUGGAAUUAAAAAUGAAUCCGUGUUGCUUGUGUUAUAUAUUUAAAUUUUAUCUUUAUUCUUAAUCUGAAUGUUUUUUCGAAAUUAUGUUAGACGUUUGAGCUUUUAAUAAGUUUAUCUGACGCGUUCACGAUCAAAUUGUCUUUAAUACAUCCACGUCUAAACCUAAUAACACAUUUUAAAAUAAAGAGAUGCAGGAUCCAACACCUUGUGUUCGUUUUGAAUUUAUUGUAUGUAAGAAUUUUAUUUUUCUAAUAAUAGUUCACCUAUGUAUACACUACCGGUCAAAAGUUUUAAGUUCACCCCUUGUUUUAGUACAAUUGAGUACUUUUGUGCGAUAUUUUUUCCAGUUCGGAUGUCGAAAUGUGUUUCCAACUGAUCCGUUAUUUCCAGAGGUGUGUUUAUCAGUCUGACACAAUUUACAAACAUUUCUAACUGUAUCAACAGUACUCAUUUGUACCGAAAACAAGGUGUGAACUUUAAACUUUUCACCGGUAGUAUAAAUUAUAUUAAAAUAUGUAUAAAAUAAUUUAUCGUAUUAUACGAUGAUUCAUAUACAUAUAUCGCUGUUGAGGGACAUGUUUUGCUGAUGUAAGAUCUCAUGUAAUUUACAUUUUAAAUGUAUAUUUUCACGUGGUGAAAGAUAUAUUUACUAAUACUCUCAUUUGGUACUUGUAUCAUUAAAAACUAGUUUCUAAAGUGUAUAAUGGUAAACCAACACUUCUUGUACUGUCAGUAACGCCAUUUCAUUCAAAAGUUGUAUUAACGGUAAUUCAUAAUAUUUUGUUCUAAAAUUAGAAACCAUUAUAUUUUAGUGCAGAGUUUAGAAGUUUAUUUUAGUCAUAUUUUUAUUUAGAAACGAUAAAUUGAAUGGACUGGAAUGCUAGUUUUGUAAUGAUGAAAACUGUCUGUAGUCCUCGAGAAUUUCCUGACACUUGUUAAAAUGUACACUCGAUGUUCUAAAGAGCCUCAGUCGUAUGGUAUGUCAUAUACAUACAUAGUUGGACUGGUAAGUAUAGCUUGUAGCUAGUACCAGAAACACUUGUCCAGGGAAUUUUCCGUUGAUUUGUUGCUACUUCAAAAUCUAACUUUUAUUUUUGAUGUUUACUUUGACUGCGUAAUAAUAAUUAUCGUGUAAAUCGUAUUAGUGUAGUGUAACAUUUAAAACUUCGAUGAUACUUAUUUGAUAAUUGUAUUAUGACCUCAUGUCCCUCGGGAUUUAGAAUAAUAGCAUUUUGUUACUUUAUUUUAGCUUUGGCUUGAUAAUUUGAACUAAAAAAAAAGUAGAAAACUAGCAUGAAAUGGCACAAUAUAGAGUUGCGAUGAAGAUGAAACAAAAAAUAUAUUUUACCAAAAAUCCUAUUUUUGUUAUUAGUGUAAUGUUUAUGAAUACGAAGGUAAGCUGUUCGAUCGCAGUUUAGUUUGUUCGGCGUUAUGGCCUCUCUAUAACCUUACACAUAACGUGCGUAGAGGUAAUAGUGCUAUACUAUACCUACAGACACGACCGGUACUGGAAUUCGCUGACUGAGGGUCGUUAAAGUAAACAUAAGUCGCGGCUAAGUUAACACUAAAUGUUUGCAUCUCGGGAUUCGCUAUUUCAUACAAGUUAAGAGAUAAAAUCUAUUUUUGAAAGUCUAGUGAAUUCAAGCUUUUUGUACAAUAGAACUCGCGCUACAUAUCUGAUAUCUCUGUCAUAUAUAUUAAAGGAUUCGUGCAUAAGUCGGUUGCACUGCCAGUAAACGUCUAAAGUAAAAUAAUGUAAAGCUUGCGUAUGAGUGUUCACAUAGUGAGCGCGCGUAGAGUAGAAGGUCCUCGCUCAAACAGAGUAAGCGAACACCAGAGUAACCCCACGGUAUCGCUAGAGUAGCUAAAGGACCUAGUUUCGGAACACACUUGUACAUAUAGACGCUAUAUAAAUAUUUAUAUGGUUAACUUGUAACUCACAUUAUGACAAUGGUAAUAUGAGCAUCGUGUGUGUGACUAUGUUUAAGGACACAGUUGGUUAAGUAAGAAUGAAUAAAAUAGUAACAUCGACUA